AUGGCUCCACGGAACAAAGUCCCCACCCCCAUCAACACUCGCCUCCUCUCCCGCCUGCACAAUGACUACAAAGACCUCGUCGAAAACCCCUACCCGGGGAUCCACAUGAUUCCUCACGAGCAAAACCUGCGCAAUUUCUGUCUCGUCCUGGCGCCGCAGAGCGGGCCGUUCCUGGGGCUGCGUCUUCACUUUGCCGGCCGCCUGCCAGAGACGUGGCCCGCGGACCCGCCGGUGUUGACGAGCUCAGCUUAUAUAAGGCAUCCGAAUAUCCAUGGCCGGUAUGUCUGUUCGGAUCUGUUGAGGCAUGAGCAAUAUGGCGCACCGGAGGGGUAUGUUGGUGGGUAUACGCCGGCGUUUACACUCAAGGGGCUGUUUAUUCAGUUCUUGUCGUUCUUUUCGUCGGAGCAGGUAAUUGAGAACUUCCUCCCCCCCUCCCUCCAAGAAAUAUUAUCAAAGAAUAAUAUAGCUGAUAAAGCAAUUCUCCACAAACAGGUUGAGCAGGAACAUGGUCCCAGCGUCUACAUCGGCGGCCGCUUCCAAAAGAUCUUUGUCCCCACGGGCGAAUUCCAGAGCAUCGGAAUCGCCACUUUCGUCUUGUCCAAUGACAGUCCCGCCAGCACCCCAGGCCGCUUCGACGACGACGCAGCCUACAUGGCAGAAUUUGAGGCCGGCGGGCGCAAGGAGCGCGUGCUUGAGCGACUCUACACAAGUAAGGGGCGUGAAAGCCUGGUGACUGUAUGGCGGCCAAAUGCCAACGGCCCGUUUGCGAAUGUAAAGAUCACCCGGGAGAGUAAGAGGUUUCUCGAGACGCGGAGUCAGUCUCGUCAGUUUACGUGUAAGGAGUGCGGGUAUGGGACGCCCUCGAUGUCGAGGACGGUACCUGUCAAGGUUCCCAAGGAGUACAUGGACCAAGACAGCCCGUUCAGGGAGGAAAUGGUGGGGUGUAUAUCUGCGAACGAGAGGGAGCUCGUGAAGCUGAAGCGGAAGCUGCGGCCAAUCAAUGCACUCAAGGAGAGAAAAUUGGCCGGAGAACAUCUACAAGGGAACCAGAUCUGUAAGCUGGCAACAUAUGAUGAUCUCGCCGAGGCGAUUCGGAAGGUCGAGGCCGAUAUAGCCAAGGAACCACCACCACCGCCGCCCCCAAAGCUCCCUGAGGCGAAGAAGCAGAGCCCAAGCAAAGGUAAAAUUUGUUACCUGGGGGAUCUCCACGAUGAUGUUCUCCUUGCCAUCGUAGAAACCCUGCCUUCGGAGUCGUUGAUAAGUUUCGGAAAGGCAUUCCCGCGCAUACAAGAGCUCACCACACACCACCACAUCCUCCUACAGCGGGAGCUUCGCUGCUUCUUUCUCCGCACGCCCCUCCACACGCCCUCGAAUCUACUCGGCGUAGGAGUCCACAUCGACGAGAAAACGGGCAUGCUCGAGAGCUCGUUCGACUGGCUCUCCAUGGACGCCUUCGAGAAGUUCAAGGUGCGAAAAAGCGUCGAUAAGAAGGAAUUCGAGUUCUUUCUCCCACUCGGCUUCAGCCCAGCUCAUUUCGAUAGGGCUUACAGUAGUAAAAAGCUGUUUGAGUACAUUGACCUGAUCGACGCCAAAAAUACAAAGAAGAGGGGGGUCUCGGGGCCCGGCAACACCCUCUUCGCGCUCAAUGGGGCCGAGAGACGCAUGAAUGUGCUGUAUAGGUUCUGUAACUCCAUUGUUGUGUCGUUGAUGCGUGCUACAGAUGAGCUUUACUCUGGCGGGGCUGUGGGGGAUGAGGGAAAGGCGGGUAAGACACUGUUGUUUGCGAGUGAGAAGGCGUGUAUCGGAUAUCUCCAGAUAUACCACCUGUUGCUGUGCAUCAUGCGCCAGGAGCCAGAGCUCCGCAAGAGAGCGGUGGAGAGGAUAAAGGCCUUCUGCGCCGAUGAUCAAAACAGGUCAAAGUCUUCAGUCCCUGAUCUUGGGGAGUUUAUAGUAAUGGCUGCAGUGGUUGCAGGCAGCGACAAGUCAGCUUCAGCUGGUACAACCACCCUAGCGCCAUUCAACGGCGGGCGUAAAGCCGAGGCCGAAGAGGGCUGGAUUAUCGCCGGGCAGAAAAAGCGCCAGCUCGAGAAAACAGGGAGUAGUAUCUCAUGGCGGAAGGACCUCGUCGGGCCCUUCACCGACGAAGUCUUCACCCGCAACGCGCGCUGGGCAAUCCAGAAGUACCCAAUCCUCGCCAACAAGUACAGCGUCGACCCCAGCCAGCGGAUCCGCAAGUCGUUCGACGCGAGCAGGACCUCGCUCCGGCUGGUGAUGUUCCAGGUGUUUUUCCUGGAGACGUUUACGGCCGAGCAUAUCACGCGGCAGAUGGACAGCCAGUACGGGUUUGCGGGCCCGGAGGUGCCGGCGAUGAUUACGAGGGGGAUCAAGGAGAUCUAUGAGGUUAAUGGAUAUAAGCAGUUCUGUGAGCGGGUUGGGUUCAAGGGUGCGGUGGGCGGUGAGUGGUGGCCCGAGGCGAUGAGUAGGGUGUUGCUGAGUGCAGUGGAGAGGAGUGAGAUGAAGGGGUAUCAUCGUGCUCAUCGGGAACGACCGUGA